AUGGUGCCCUUGACGCUCCUACUACCUUCUCUCCUUGCCCUCCUCUCCAUAGCCUUUCAGUCACACUUUGCAGCUGGGCAGGAUGACUACUUUAUAGUGGGCGAUCUUAAUCAGUAUACCACAGAAGGGGUCCCUACGCCCACUCUAACAGGGUCUACAAUUGAAGUUACUGCUGAUGGUGACCCAGUAGAAAACCGGCUCUUGGUAUAUCUGUCUCCAGACAUGGAGACGAGUCUGAAAUCUACCAUGGAUAGCAACUGCGCGACAGAAGUUGAUACGAAUUGCUACCAGGCUGUCAUGGAUCUCUUUGAAGGCGCUAACCACGUUCUCCAACCCCGCAGUCUGGAGCAAUACGCGUUAGAGGUGCGCAACCCGGCGAUAUUGAUAUAUUAUGCCGGCGGGAUCUUGAUUUCCGCUUUAUUAUUCCCUCUUCUCUACGAGGGAGACCGUGUUGUCCCGGUGCCUAUCAAGAUCCCUCCAAACCAUAUGACCAUCACGGCACCUUCUGAGCAGGAUAAGGCGACUGGUACUCCAGUCGUGAUUACGACCUUUGCAAGUGCUGGGAAUGGCGCGAUGGCGGGAGACGUGGGGUCGGACACGAGUAGCUGCGACGUGGGCGAGGAUACCACCGACUCGAUUCGUACCCGCCAGGUAGGUGUAGACCUUAUCUAUGGCGCUCAAAUCACUCUUACCGAUUCAAUUAACCGGCUAGGAGCGCCUGACUGGCUCCUAGUGCACGGGGGGACGAUGGCGUGGGCUAAGGCAGAGAUGGUAGCAGCGGUGAACACAGUGGUGCGGUGGACGCUUAACCAGGCCAGCUUACUGAACUCGACUAUCAUUGGAGCCCUCCUUACAUUACCCCUAGGAAUAUCUAUUAUUGACAUCAGUAAAUUCGUCAUCCAAGCACAAGGCUACAACCCCUUGACCAACGUCUUCGAACCUGACCCCAGCGACUAUAACUGCAAGGGCUUAUCCAUGUGCACGACCCCAAGCUUUCUGAAGUGGUGCGACCACGCUGUGAAUAGCCUACAGCAAAAUGACGUCCCUUCCUACUUUCCUACUUCUGCUAACGAAACCGGCAUUAACCAAUCCGGCAAUUGCUGGGGCGAUCAGACGCGGGGCUGCGGUGUCUUUAUCCAGGGUGAUGCCAGCUGCAGUAUCAGUGGUAAUGACCUGUGGAACGAUUACCAGAACAUCUGUAACAUUGGCGGCUGUUCUAAGUGUGGCUCGUUCUACAGGGAAGACGGUUGUCAGAUUACUAUCGACUAUGUCUAUGAAUGUGACAACCACUAG